UCCUACUUUGAUUUUUUGUUACAAAAGUCAAAAGAUCUUGCAAAUGUAGCUUGUUUACAAACUACAAGUACCUUGUAAGGAUGUCUGAAGUUGCAUCGGUAGUAGGCGAAAAUGAACAAGCACCAAAGAGAAAAAGAAUAGUGCUGUUUGGAAUUGAUGCAAAUACUAUACCAUACAUGAAAGUUUCUUUAAGGAAUUCCCUAAUUGGAUUAUUUUCUACAACUUUGGGAUACUUUCUUUUCACAAGUAAUUUACGUAAAGGAGUGCGGAUAGGAUCACUUGCUUUCAUUGGUACUUAUUUUGGAACCACGUUUUAUCUAGGUUACAAAGAUUAUAACCGAUAUUUACGGACAGUGGAAAAAAUUAAAAACAAUGAAGUGUUAUAUACUGAUGGCUCGCUUUCAUUGGACGAUUCUGAUUGAAUUUUAAUGGACGUGAUCAUAUUUUUAACAAUGAAUAUAGUGGAAUAAAGAUAUUAAUGACUGCUAUAA